AUGAAUGGGCUCCAAAGAAGGACACAACGAAGUGGACUCGAGACGCCCCACUGCGAUAGCCAACAAUCCAAGUGCUCUGGUGGCCUGGCAUGCCUCUUCGCUCCUUCGUUCAGUUUUCACAGACGUGAAAAAACGAGAGAGGCAAUGUGCACAACCCCCUCCUGUCCGGUUCUUCCUCGUCCCUCUCAGCUCUUGCAUGCAAGACACCGAGACGAACACAAGAGAAACGGAAGAGGACGCCAAGAGAGAAACGCGAAGUCCCCCAAGCUUAAAGCAGUCUUCCUCACCCACGAGUCGCGCUGUGUGCUACGCGCUGUCGCAACCUGCCAAAAACAAAGUGCCUCCGCGCUCUCUCUCGCCACGAGAACCGCCCUAGUUCUCCUGACAGAACGCCGCGUCCGGGUGUACAAACACCUCACCAGAAAAAAGAGAGACGCUCACAGGUCGAUCCAGAGAGCGCCAACGAAAGGCAUCUUCCGCGGCGCGAGGCAAAAGUACACCGAUGGAGAGUGGGGAGCUUCUUUGUUCUGGAGACAGGAUAAAGACGUGGAAGUCGCUCUGUGUGUCUUAUCAGCAGUCCGGGGCUUCCGCGUCGCAGCCAGAAAGGUGCAGAGGACAGACGGCAGAGACACAAGACUUUGGCACGGACGGCGGAAGCAACUCCUCGGCAAGAUACCGCCGGGACGCUGGAGAGAAGCGCGGUAG